GUAGCCAAAAUGGCGGACGUAAACGAUGAACAAGUGCCCGCGGAGAACAGUGAGGAUGUUGUAGAGACAGAGGCAGAGGAAUCGACACACUAUAUGUUUGAAGAUGGACAGUUAUCCUGUCUCGGACAAGACGUUGAAGAAAUCCCUCAGGCGGCUAUAGAUGACUAUGCCAAAGUGACACGGAGAUUAGAUCUCAGCUUUAACAGAUUACAGAGAAUCGAUGGAAUAGUACAUUUUUCAAGUCUUGAAGAACUGGUGCUGGACAACAAUGAGCUCAAUGACAACCUGAAGUUUCCCAAGAUGACGUCACUGCACACACUAACAUUAAACAAGAAUAAGAUUACCAACCUAGAUGGACUUCUAGAUAACUUGAAAUCUCAGCUUCCGCAACUGACCUAUCUGAGUCUACUUGGCAACACAGCUUGUCCAAACCAGCUCUCCUGCUCCGAUAAGGAUGAAGAGGAUUAUCAGAGAUACAGGUACUUUGUGCUGUAUCAGCUUCCCGGACUCAAGUUCCUGGACUCCACGUCUGUCAAGCCAAGUGAAAUAACCGAAGCUGAGAGAGUUGGGCCUUUCAUGAGGGUUGUCAAACUACAGAGCUCGGAGGAGGUGAGCUCCUCUUCACAUGAGGAUGACCGUUCCGACUACACCCCUCUACCACAGAAGGCCAGGGACCCAGAGCAGCAUGCAGGAACAUUCGGAAAGAGCAAGUACAUAUACUAUGGGCGCCACUCAGAAGGAAACAGGUUCAUAAGGAAUAAUGACCUCUGACCUUCAACCGGACAUGCCAGGACCAUGCAAACGAAAUCAGUGUGAAUCAGUACUGCUGCCACAAGUAGAUUGAUUACAGGGUUGUAAAUGUAACGACUGACGACCUCAAGCAUUGCUAUGUUUUGUACUAUAAGCAUAUUGAAUCAAAUUUAAUGUUUAGAUUUUGGAUUGAUACUAGGCAAUCUGCUUAUUUAUUGCUGAUGUUUUAUCGUAUAUCGCUGUGUAUAAAGCGAGUUUUUCGUAGUUUUACAGCAGCCAUGGUCAGAUUGCUGCUAUUGAUAACCUUGAAACGAACUUUAGUGGAUAGAGAAAUUAUAUAUAUAUCAUAAAUGCUAUACAUUGACUCUUUGAAAGUCUUAUUUAUUAUAGUUUGACUUUUAUAUGUCAACAGAAAACUUUCACUAUCACGAGCGCAGGAGCAUCAACGGUAAUGGGUCAAAUUGUUUCAUACUAAAAAAUAGCAGUAGAGAUCAGCUGUUAUUAAUUUAUUUCAAAUAUAUAUAGUAAAGCUGCAACUAAAAUAACAUGAUAUUGGAAUAAAUUAUUCCUGAUAAAAUAAUAGUUUCACAUACAAUUCUUCCGAUUAUAGUAUCAAAAUUCUUUAAAGUUAUAUUAUUGAGUAAUUUCUAACCGAAUCACCGGACGAUUCCAAGAAAUCAUGUGUGCAGCUGAUGGCUGCUUCCGGCUUAGUUUCCGAGUCAAUACACUCAGCAAUCUUAAUCACGGCUUAUAAAACAAUUCCUAUCAGAACAGGAAAUACAAUUUAAUCGGUAAAUCAUGAUGUCUAGUGAUGUUUUCUCAAAUUUAAAAUUUAUAUUGAUCAAGUUUAAUUGUUAUGAUCUGUUCGUUGCCCUGAAUUCGCUGAAGUGAUACGAUGUAAAUCUUUUCUGCGGAAGACAGACAUGUUUUUUUUGCAAAUAUAGGGAUUAUGUAUAUGUUGGUGAUGUGCUUCAUUCUGAUUCACUUUAUAGACUGUGUAUACAUAUUAGCAUCGAGUAUACAAUUUAGCAUAGAUUUUGAAGGCUUGUUCAGGGGGUGGCUAUAUAGACGGCGAUAUACGGUAUAUUAUAUCUCAUUCUUUUGUAUAUUCUAUGCUUAUUACCUGUAUUACUGGUUGGAUAAGUAUUUCAUUCUUUAAAUUCAUAAGUGGACUCGCUAUCAGUAUAAGUAUUAGGGCUGGGAUGGGUUACUCGGGUACGCGGUUGGGUACUGAGUAGGACCAAGGUACCCAUAGGACUACCCGGACCCGUGGUUAGUCGCGUGAUAUAUUGUUUAAUGACAAAAAUUAUCUAGAACUCUAUGGUAACUCUACAAGUUACUAAUCUUCGUAUUUCUUUCUGACUAUGCACCCAUUCCUUGGGACCUUUCAUAUGGUUGAUUAAAGAUAUAACUGAACUUCAGUGUAUGCAUGACGAGAUCAUUUGAUACAUAUAUCUAAAUACUUUUUGCAAGUGCUGUGGUAACAAAAUUCCCAAUAGGACAUUUUGUAUCUCUUGACACCUACAGCGUGUACCCGGGUAGGGACGGGUAAUAGGGGGGUGGGUACCCGGGUAGUAAAUUUCGUCCUAGGCCUAAUAAGUAUCACUGAGACCAAAUGUGUUGUUAUUGUAAUGGUCCAUGGUUUGCCACAAGAAACGGUAGACAUUGCUUCUCCGAAACAUAUUCUGGUGCUUUGCAGAAGGUUCACUCUCUUCCAUUCCAUAUGGUGCUUGGUCUGUAAACUUAGCAUGUAAAUCUUUUCAUCUGCAGACACUAUGAUGACUCUACAACUGUAUGUUAGUGUGCACAGAUUUUAAUCAGUUAUUUUAUGUUUUCAACAUUUGUCAUGUGUCAGGAUUUUAUGGUGUAUCAUUACAUUACAAAUUUACACAUGACAAUACCAUACAUAAUACUCAUACCUAUGUAUUGAUGCAUGUCAUAUCUGGUUUGAUUUUCAGAAAAUAUUUAAUAUUUACAAAAUUAUGCCAUAACCCAGCAUGAUGUACUCAGAGUCCCCUUACUGCUUGGCACAAAACAAACUGCUAAGUCUAAAUGCAUGGUACCAUUUGAAUGGGCUUAGAUUAACCAAUCAUGCACGACCAACAAACUGCUUGAUGUCACAUCUACAUCAUGUACAUGGACAACAUGGUGAAUACACACAAAAACAGUGCAAAGUAUGUAUUGUGGUACAUAUCGUAUUGUUACUCACAUGUCAUGUAUUGAUAGGAGUACCAUGAUCCACUGUCAUUAAGGAGAUAAACGUUCUGUGCUGAGGUAAAUUUGAGAUAUGUUAUACCGGAUUGAUAGCCUCUAAAAUUUGUGUGAAACUGGACACGUAGUGUCAAUUCCGUAUUAGACCCCACACUGUUUGUCGCCAUGUACAUGGCAUGAGUGUCCCUAGCAGUGUUCCAUACAUUGCAUGAGUGUCCCUGGCGGUGCUCCAUACAUUGCAUGAGUGUCCCUUGCAGUGCUCCAUUUAUGACAUGAAUGUCCCUGGCGGUGCUCCAUACAUGACAUGAGUGUCCCUGGUGGUGCUCCAUACAUGACAUGAGUGUCCCUGGCGGUGCUCCAUACAUGACAUGAGUGUCCCUGGUGGUGCUCCAUACAUGACAUGAGUGUCCCUGGCGGUGCUCCAUACAUGACAUGAGUGUACCUGGCAGUGCUCCAUACUUGACAUGAGUGUCCCUGGCGGUGCUCCAUACAUGACAUGAGUGUCCCUGGCGGUGCUCCAUACAUGACAUGAGUGUCCCUGGUGGUGUUCCAUACAUGACAUGAGUGUCCCUGGCGGUGCUCCAUACAUGACAUGAGUGUACCUGGCAGUGCUCCAUACUUGACAUGAGUGUCCCUGGCAGUGCUCCAUACAUGACAUGAGUGUCCCUGGCGGUGCUCCAUACAUGACAUGAGUGUCCCUGGCGGUGUUCCAUACAUGACAUGAGUGUCCCUGGCAGUGCUCCAUACAUGACAUGAGUGUACCUGGCAGUGCUCCAUACAGUGAACAGCUUGAUCAGAUCAAGUCUCCUUUCUAAUGAUACUCAGACUCAAGUGUUCUGUGUUCAGUAUGGCGUACACAAUACAAAUAAGGGUUCACUUGUCAUAGAAAUCCAUUUUUCUAUCUCAGGUAGAUGUUUUUGAUGUUAUUCUGUGGAGAAAGAGCUCGAAUGCAUGAGUGGGAAGCAAAACCCAUUUGUAUUAGGGUGGGGCCAGACUAUAUUUUGAUUUACAUUUUUUUGGUUUAAGGGGUUGAUCCUUAGGUGGGAAAAUGAAAAGACGUGAGAUUUUUCUUUUGCAUGCAAGUUGUUUUACCAAGCUUCACUGUCACAGCUUCAUAUUAUGUAUGCAUGAUGUUUUGGUGGUGAAUACAUAAAUUUGCAUUCAGAAGAAUAAAAAAACAACUUUUUAGAUUAAUAUUUUGUUUUACAUUAUGUUUAUUUAUUGUUUAUGUAUUUUAUUUACUUUAUUGUUUUAACUGAUGUUUUUUUAAGUCUCUCCUGUCCUGCCCUGCCCACACUCGAAUGCAGGUUGCAAAACUUGGUAUCUCCUGCUAGUAAGUUUGUUUGAAGUGUACCUCUAGUCAUUCAGCAGUGAAUGGGUACCCAGUAGGCAGGAUGAGCGAGUUGAGUUGAGCUCAUUUCUUUUAUGCCAUAUGCUGUAUAAACUAUGAGUAGUAUGUGUACAUAUAUAUGCAAAUAUUCAAGUAAGAUAUUAACAUUGUUCCAUUUUAUAGCUGGAUUUAUUCAACAUGGAAAUAAAUAAUUUUCUCCUUGAAAUUUCUAGAUCUUAGUAUCUAUACUGAAAUCAGAUGAUUACCAUGUGUUGUCUGUAUUAAGUUUCUCAAACAGUCUUUAAACACGGUUCAUCUUUAUAAUUGUGUCAGUUUCUUAACUAAGAAUGUUACCUGCCUAUAUAGUAUUACUAUGAGUAUGUACAAUCUGUCAUGUUAUUAGCUUAUCUGCAUUAUAGUUGAUUCAGUGGAUAUGGUGUCUGUUCCUUAUCCACCAGCUGGUCUGUAAUGGUUGUUUGAUAAAAAUUAAGAAUGAACAAAAGUCAAUGCAGGUUUAAUAAACAACAAUCAUGCAGUUUGGCAAAGAUUCUAAUGAUGGCUACAACACACCAGAUAUCAGUGCACGUCUUAAAUGAUUUUGUCUAUACAUAUCACAAUGCUUAUUUCUUGUUCGAUAGUGAAGCUUUGAGUGUUUGUUUACGAUGAGUGUACUGGGACAGAGACCAUGAAGACCAAACUCCUGUAUAACAUGCUACAUCAUGUAUAUUUAAAUACCACAACAAUAUUUGUUUAUUUACCACUCAAGUUUUGAUAAUAGAUUUCUGAGUGUAAAGAGUGAAGACCGUUCUCAGGGUUAGAGAGUUUAUUUGUAUAGAAGGAUGAGAAGGCUGACGAAGACAAGACCCCUAACUAGUGGUCACACCACAACAGAUGUGGUGUACAAUGUUUACGUUGUGAUUAGCAGAUGGACAUGGAAAAUGUGAUGGUGUUUGGAAGGAAGUGAAAUGCAUAAUUAAGAAUUGACUUUCACUUAAUGCGAGUUCAUUGGAGUAUGAGCCUUCAUAGAGUGAGGGCCAAACUGUAUGAAUGUCGGAGCUAGCGACCAGGGAAGUAGUCCGUCAAUGUUGAUGUCAUUUCAAGAACACAUUCUCAUGAAAAACGUAUGAACGUCAAAUGAUGCAUUUUCUAAUGCUAAAGUUCCCAUUUCUACAACUACUUUGAGUAAAAUAACUGUAUGAAAGUACUCUGAUGAAAAGUUCAGUGGUAUAUGAACACUUUACUGUACUCAAGGUCUCUGUUGACAGGGAUGUGUGGGAACAUUUAUCUGUUUGAAAAAAUUAAAUUACUAAACAAGAUGUGUAUCUUGCAGCAGAUUGGUUGCAUUAUGACAAUGUAAUUAGUAUUUAAUGUUGAUUUGCAUGAACAAUCAUAUUCAUAACAACCCUGGACUCUGGUCAACAAAGCAAUCUUAGUGCCCAGAAGACGAUGUAAAAGAAUGAGAGUUAAGAUGGCCUAAGCACUAACAUUGCUUUCUGGAACAGGGUCCAGGUGUGCAGUCCCCUGACACACGGCAAUGAUUUUAGCAGAGUUUUGUCCCUUAGCUUUGUUGGUUUGAAUCCAGUUUCAAGAAAUUGUGCCUUAACAACUGCUAUUGACAAUGUUAGGAAAAUGUCCAUUUAGAUAGCAUGAGACAAAAAUGAAUUUUUCAAAUUAGAUAGAAUUUGGAUUACUCUUCAGUUAUUAAUGAAAUGAAGUUUUGGGAUUUUUAGUCAACCCAUUACUUUCCUUCUUGUUUUGUUUUACCAGAUGCUUUGAAUGGAUUUAGAGAAUGCUGGACAUGACUCAAAAUAAGACACAGGAAUCAUUCAAAAUCAUGUAAAUAUUUUGACACACGAACUUAAAUAAAUGGUUUGAUUUUGA